UUUUGCGAAGCCUUCGGGCUCUUCUCGCUGAGCUUGCGAUGUUCCCUUCAACCCCCGGCUCGCCUCACACGGCGGCGGGCGGCGGGUCGGGCCGGAGAGGCCUCCGGAGUGGAAGCCGGAAGGGCCAGCAGGCCUUCGCGACCUCGUCCCUCAGUUCCCCGGCUUUGUUCUCGCCGGUGGCCAGGAGGAGCGUCAGUUCUCUGUCUGCGCGAGGUACACCCACAAAAGUUGUACAUCAUCCAUCAGGAAGUGAAACCAUCAACUAUGACGUGAAAAGCUUUGGUUCACCUCUGCCAGUAAAGGUUAUGGAGGCAUUGAGAAUGGCUGAUGCUGAGGACCAUUUGAAUGUGCAUCUAGAUGAAAGUGGAUGGGCUUGGCUAGUCUACAGAGACAGACUGAUUAUUUGGAAGAUUGGCCAAUCUCCGGUUGCUAAGUUGUCUGCAUGUAAGGAACUUCAGUUACCGCCUAGCGACUAUCUGUGGAAUUCAAGCUUAGUGGCAAUAUCGUCUCUUAAUGCCUCUGGUGAAGCACCUUCUUUACAGUCUCUGUCAAUCAUGGUUGCCACCUGUGAAGGAUUAAUACGCUAUUGGCCCAGCUUUGUGCAUGAAAGCUCGUUUACUGAGACCCAUACGGACUUUGGAGGCGCUCUCUGCAGUUUUCUAACAGCUGUAAAGGGUGGAAGCUUUAUUUUAUCAUCUUCAAGGAGCCAUUUUAUUCGACUGACACCAGACAGUAGUGGCAAGAUUUAUCAGCAUGGCCUACCACAAGGACAAGGCAUGUUUUCUGGAAUAGGCCGAAGAGUUUCUUCUCUGCUGGGAAUCUUGUCUCCCAGCAAUGAUGUAGCACUUUCUAGUGUUCUUUGGGACAAAAACGGUUCACGUUUUUAUGCUCUGACCAGCUUAAAUCUUUACAAAUGGGAAAUAGAUGAUACUACAGAGCGUCAAGUUGUCAGCUGGGAUGUAAACAGAAUACUUAAAGAAAACAUCAUGGAAUCAAUAUGGGGUUCUGAAAGCAACUAUGAAGAAAUUAAAGGAGAUGUCAAUGUGCAGUAUUUGGAUUUGCAACAAAAUCGCGAUGGAUUGGUGAUUUUAGCUGCAGCCUGGCAUCUUGGUGACAGUCCAUGCCUCAUCUACUAUACUUUAAUAACAGUAGAGGAUAAUGGUUACCCCACAUGUGAUAAUGUUAUUGUGGAAGUCACCCAGUAUAAUCCACCAUUUCAGCCUGAAGAACUGAUGUGUCGUUUAGUAGUCCCAAAUUUCUCCAGCCAUGCUGCCUGUCUUUACACAGAAGAGGAGGUAUUUGCUUGCUCAACAGGAACGGGAAGAAUUUCUUUGCCCCAGGAGAAAAUGAUAUUCAGUAUUCAAGGUGAUAGAAUUUUAGGAGCAGGUUCCUGUGCUGGACUUCCAAUUUUUUUCACUAGAAAAAGUGGGCUUGUGGCCAUACAUUCCAGGGAAAACAUUACCAUGCUUCCUGAAGAUAUUGAGGAUUCUUUAGCCUCCUCUGUAGCUGAGACAAAUGAUGAGAGCAUUGCAUUUGAUGCUUCCAGGAUGGAUAUUAUAGCGCAAGAGGAUAAGACCAAAAUGUUAAAAUCUGCUUUCUUACAGUUUUGCAGUAAUAAUAUGAAAGGUGCACAAAUCAUCAUCGCUGAGCUCUUUCCACAGCAUGGAGAUGCAUACCCUGAUGCAGACCUAGACAGAGCUGUGUUUCAAAUUAGUGAGAAUUUGGUGGAUGAUUAUCCUACAUCUGACCCACGAUGGGCUGAAUCAGUACCUGAAGCAGCUAGUUUUCCAAAUUCUUCUAUCAUUCUUCUUCAUCAGCUGGAAAAUAAGACAAAGGCCCAUUCUCUGUUCAUUGACUUUCUUCAUCAGGUGGGUCUGUUUGGUCGCCUGGGCAAUUUCCAAGUACGAGGCAUACCAAUGGCAACUCGGUGGUUACUCUGUGAACAUGCAGAAAAGUUAGCGGCAGCCAUUGCUCUCAAGAACCAUCACUACAGAUUGCCAGAUGUGGUCAAUGCUGCAAUAGAGACUGCUUUGAUUAAAAGAGAAGACGACGUUCCGUCAAGUCUAACUCCUGCAGAUGUUUUCUUCAGAGAGGUGUCACAGAUAGAUACUAUUUUUGAAUGCUUACUGGAAAAGGAAAAGCAAGUCUUGAAGGAUAUGUCAGUUCAAUCUGAGGAAUGGUCUGAAAUAGUCGUCAAUGUCAACAAUAUCAUAAAGGAUAUGCUGCAAGCUGCUAUCCAAGACCGCCAGUCCAAAGCUGCUUUAUAUAAAAUAAGAGAGCCUCCCGAAAUGGAACCAGAAUAUGUUCCAUGGACAGCAUCUGUUGGUGUGCGAACGGCUAUAAUACAGCAACAUGAAAUCAUUCUGAAGAAGGUCUAUCCUCAGGUUAACAGUAAGCUUCGUAGCAUAGUGACAGAACAGUUGGUGGCACUUCUAGAUUGCUUUCUGGAUGGUUAUGUUUCUCAGCUUAAAUCUGUGGACCGGCCAGAGUACCAAGAACGCUAUAACAGUCUGGAAAUGGAAUACAUGCAGAAAAGAUCUGAACUGUUGUCACCACUACUUUCUCUUGGACAGUACCAGCUGGCUGCCGCUCUAGCAGAAAAAUACUGUGACUUUGACAUAUUGGUACAAUUGUGUGAGCAGACUGAUAACCAGACCAGAUUGCAACGUUACAUGACACAGUUUGCUGAUCAGAAUUUUUCAGAUUUCCUCUUCCGUUGGUAUUUGGAAAAAGGAAAACGGGGAAAGCUGUUAUCACAGCCCAUUGCUCAGCAUGGCCAGUUGGCCAGCUUCUUACAAGCUCAUGAGCAACUCAGCUGGCUACACGACAUCAACAGCAAUGAUUUUGAAAAGGCUAACCGAACACUGCAGAAUUUAGCAAAUACAGAAACUCGGUACUUUGCAAAGAAGAAAACUCUUCUUGGCCUGUGUAAACUGUCUCUACUGGCUUCUGAUGUAUCAGAAGUGAUGCAGAAUGAGAAAAUUGAAGAAAUUACUGAACAAGAGCGCUUUCUGCUACACCAAGAGACUCUACCUGAGCAGCUGCUGGAUGAGAAAAAAUUAAAUCUCAAUGAAAUGCCAGUGUUAAGUGCUCCACAGCUGAUUGAGUUGUACAUAUCCCCUGAGAACAGAAGGGCUAAUGAAUAUGACUUCAAGAAGGCACUCGAUCUGCUGGAGUAUAUUGAUGAGGAUGAGGAUGUGGACAUAAAUGAUCUUAAACUUAAAAUACUUUGCAAAGCUCUUUUAAGAGAUAGUUGGUGUAGUUCAGAAGGCAAAGAUGAUCCAAUUGAAGCAUCUAAAGACAGCAUAUUUGUGAAAAUUCUACAAAAGCUGUUCAAAGAAGGAAUUCAGCUCAGCGAAUAUCUACCUGGGGUAAAAGACUUAAUGCAAGCAGAUGAACUUGAACACUUAACAUGCAAACCGUACUUAGAAUUUGUACUUAAAGCAAAUUACGAACUUUAUGUCUAUAGGCAGACCUGAGAGAAUUCUGAAUUUUAGAAAUACCAUUUCUAAAGAAUGAAGUUUUUGUACACUUUUAAAUUUUUUUGCAAUAAAAUCUUUAUGUUAACUAA